AUGGCCGCGGCCGCCCUCCCGCCCCGGCCGAUGGCCCUGUUCCUGCUGCCGCUGUUGCUGCUUCUGCUGCGGGCUGGCCCGGUGCUUGCCAACAGUAAGGUGUUCGGUGACCUGGACCAGGUGCGGAUGACGUCGGAGGGCUCGGACUGCCGUUGCAAGUGCAUCAUGCGACCGCUGAGCAAGGACGCGUGCAGCCGGGUGCGCAGCGGGCGCGCGAGGGUGGAGGACUUCUACACCGUGGAGACCCUGAGCUCGGGCACCGACUGCCGCUGCUCCUGCACCGCGCCACCCUCCUCGCUCAACCCCUGCGAGAACGAGUGGAAGAUGGAGAAACUCAAAAGGCAGGCACCUGAGCUCCUCAAGCUGCAGUCUAUGGUGGAUCUCCUGGAGGGCGCUCUGUACAGCAUGGACCUGAUGAAAGUGCACGCCUAUGUCCACAAGGUGGCCUCCCAGAUGGACACACUGGAAGAGAGCAUCAAGGCCAACCUGAGCCAGGAGAACGAGGUGGUGAAGGAGAGCGUGCGCCAUCUCACGGAGCAGCUCAAGAGCUACGAGAACCACUCGGACAUCAUGAUGAGCAUCAAGAAAGAGCUGUCCAGCCUGGGCCUCCAGCUACUGCAGCGGGACGCAGCUGCUGUCCCUGCCGCUGCCUCCGCCACGGGCCCGGGUAGCAAGGUUCAGGACACGGCUGGAGGGAAAGGCAAGGAUACCAACAAAUAUGGCGGCAUGCAGAAGAGCUUUGCAGACAGGGGCCUCCCAAAAGUGCCUAAGGAGAAGCUGCUGAAGGUGGAGAAGCUGAGGAAGGAGAGCAGCAAGGGCAGACUCCCCCAGCCCACAGCCAAGCCCCGAGCUCUGGCCCAGCAACAGGCCGUGAUCCGGGGUUUCACCUACUACAAGGCAGGCAGGCAGGAGGGGACUGAGGCCAUAGCUGACAAUGCCCUCAAGGGCACUUCCUGGUUGGAGCAGCUGCCAGCCAAGGUGGAGGGCAGACCCCCCGAGGGCAACUCUGCAGAGCUGGAGCGGGACAAGGCUGGACCAAGGGCCUCAGAGGGAGUCAACCUGGGCCCCGACACCUCCACCUCAUACCCUGCCACCACCACCAGCCCAGCCCCCACCACCAGACCCCUGCCCACGGAGCCACCUUCACGCCCAGAAGCCUCUCGCCAAGGCAGGGAGGCCAGCUGCGAGGGCACCCUACGGGCUGUGGACCCCCCCGUGAGGCACCACAGCUAUGGGCGCCACGAAGGGGCCUGGAUGAAGGACCCUGCGGCUCGGGAUGACAGGAUCUAUGUCACCAACUACUACUAUGGAAACAGCCUGGUGGAGUUCCGCAACCUGGAGAACUUCAAGCAAGGCCGCUGGAGUAACAUGUACAAGCUGCCCUACAACUGGAUCGGCACUGGCCACGUGGUGUACCAGGGCGCCUUCUACUACAACCGCGCCUUCACCAAGAACAUCAUCAAGUACGACCUGCGCCAGCGCUUCGUGGCCUCCUGGGCGCUGCUGCCCGACGUGGUGUACGAGGACACCACACCCUGGAAGUGGCGCGGCCACUCGGACAUCGACUUUGCCGUGGACGAGAGCGGCCUGUGGGUGAUCUACCCCGCCGUGGACGACCUCGACGAGGCUCAGGAUGAGGUGAUCGUGCUGAGCCGCCUGGAUCCCAGCGAUCUCUCUGUGCACCGGGAGACCACGUGGAAGACGCGGCUGCGUCGGAAUUCCUACGGGAACUGCUUCCUGGUGUGCGGGGUCCUAUAUGCUGUGGACACCUACAACCAGCACGAAGGCCAGGUGGCCUAUGCUUUCGACACCCACACGGGCACCGACGCUCGGCCGCAGCUGCCCUUCCUCAACGAGCACGCCUACACCACCCAGAUCGACUACAACCCCAAGGAGCGGGUGCUCUACGCCUGGGACAAUGGCCACCAACUCACCUACACCCUCCACUUUGUGGUCUGAGCGGGGACCUGUGUUCACAGGAGAGGCCACAGUGGGCACGGGGGACUCCCCCCAGCAAUUCCUGCAACCCACGGUCAGCAAGUAUUUCUUGGGGCAUCCGGGGCUGGGGGCUGGGCCUGUGGUAGCAGCCAGGAGAGCACCUCCUCAGCACCCAGCCAGUGACACUCUCUUCUUUGUGCACAGCACGUGCCAGGAGCUUGACCUGCACUCAGCCUUUCCAUCCUCCCAACGCCUCCCUUGGAGGGUGAGGUCAUCAAGCCCAUUUUACAGAUGAGGAGAAUGAGGCCCAGAGAGAUAGCAGCCCAGUUGGGAUCAGGCAGGCUGUGUUCCUGUUGUAGCCUAUUUUGCAGAAGAGGUGAUUUCACCAAGCUCUCCCCCACCUCCAGCCCUCUCCCCUUAUCUCCCCUAUCCUCCCAGCCUCCCUUUGGGGCCAAUGCACUGGUGUUCCAUCCCGGGCCCUUGUUCUGGUUGAGCUAUUGGUGGCCUUGGGCUUUGGGUCCCUGGGCCAAUGUCUCUGCUUCUUGCCUUUGGCCAGCCCCCCUACCUCACCCCACCCUCUGUCCAGCCACAUUCCGAACCUCCACCGUCACCUAGCCACUGAGCAGAAACCACGCCCCAAGAGAAAAUCCUGGCCGCUGUCCGGAGGCCCCUCCCUCCUGCCCUCACUCCUAUUCGCCCUCGUUCUUCAGCAGCAGCUUGUGUUUCUGCAGCAGCUGGGAAGGCCCCAGGCAGCUGGCCGAGCCCUGUCCACCCAAAGCACUGGCUUAGGCCUUGGGUCCCCUUCCUGGCCCUUCCUGUGGGGACUCGGGUCCUUUCUCUCUGGGCCUUCAAAGCCACAACCUACACACACUCAGGGAUACCCCCAGGUCUGCCAUGAGAAGGCCCUCAGCCCCAGGUGGGCUGGUCCAGGAUGGCGCGGGUCCCUUUUCCUGGUCAGUCUUGGCCUGAUCACUGCUGGGGCAGCUUUUCCUGCCUUCAAAAUAUUGGUCCAGGGCUGCCUCGAGCCCAGGAUUUGGGGCUGAGGAUUCCCAGGUGGGCCACUUGGUCUGGUGCUUCUGAUGGCAUCCCAGAGUCUCAGACCCGGGCAGCCCAGACCUUGAAAUGACAAGACCUUUAAACCUGAUGCUCAUUCCUCCAGACGGGAACUUUAGAGCUGAAAAGAAGCUCUAGAGGAAGCUGCCUUGGGCUCCUCCCUUGCCACUUAAAGGAACUCCUUUUUUUUUUUUUGUCAAAAAGAAAAUAGGCCCCCAAAGGCUUAGAAGAUGGCUUCGAGGCACACACAGCCAGACUCCUUCCAGAAGGGCUUUGUCUAUACCCUUUUUCUCCUGGCUCAGAGCAGCUCUGCCUGGAAAGGCAAUCGGCGGCACCCAAGACACCUAGCACCUUUGAAGGUACCCACUGCCAAUCCCUACUGCCCCUGGACCUGCUCCCUUCCCUGAGCCCGCCUGCCAGCUCCCUGCAUUUCUGUAGAUUUGAACACCCAGUUGCCCUGUUAGGGAGUUCAGCCGCCCGGCCAAGAGGGCAAGGAAGUGCAUUUUGUUCGGAGAACCUUUCUCCCACCAUUGUCAGGUGAUAUUGCUUGGCUUAAGCUAAAAUUCACCCCUGGAAUCAAGAGGGACAAUGACACCCAGCCAGGCCAGGUCUGACUCAUCGAGGAGGACACAUCCAGCCUCCCCCACCCAACUUAGCCUCUUCAGGGGGCUGCGGGGCCUGGCCUUUCCCUCGGCCCUGGGUGUGGGUUUUACAAGGCUGUGUUUGUGAUGUCAUAGCCCAGCCAUGUGAGUACAGGCCCCAUUUCUUCAUUGGCCUGAGACAAGGGAGCAUUCGAGAGGGCUGGUUUUGAAAACUUAAAGGACAAGCAGCCUUGUUCUCCAAGGGACAUGAUGCUGGUCACGGUCCCCAAAUAUGCACCAGGCCCUUUCUGUUUUCAAGGCCCUUGUAUGUGCUUUAUGUGCUAAGGACAGCUCUUUUCCUUUACAGAUGGUCACGAAGGAGUCCAGAGAGGUUAAGUCACUUGUCACAUGGGCAGCUGAGGGGAGGUUCAGUGUUCAGAGUCAGGUGAUAAAACAGUGCCACCCACAGGUCCUGUCCUCCUGGCACGGAGGAAGAUAAAUACUCUGAAUGUGACCAUGUUAUUAAGCAAGGACAUUGAAGUCACACAGUAGCUUAGCCUGUGGCAGACCUGGGGUUUCAGAACGUGUUCUUUGCCACCUGUGGCCACUUUAAUGGCAGCUCCAGAAGCGGUGGUCAUUGCUCUUAUCCAGUGUGGCCAGGAGGGGAGCCACAAGAAGGGGAUGGGGGCCAGCUUGUACAGAACCUUGCCUGCCAAGCGAGUCGUGUCUGGAGCAAAGUGGAAUUUAAGUUGGCAGAGGAAAGGCAAUUUUAAGAUAGAUUCUACAUGGAUUUUUUCCUGUCUGUGAUUGAAGGUGGGGAAGGAUGUGUGUCGUGGGGAGCUGGUACCAGCCCGUAUCUGCCAACUUGUAGGCUCUAAAGGAAACCUGACCCUGUCAGCUAUUUUUUUAAAUCCAUCUUGGGCUUUAUUACAUUUGGCAACAAGUACUUCAAACAAGGAAGGGCCUGGACCAGGGAGGGCCACCGUUUCUUACUGACCUUGGCUGUGAAGCCAAAGGAAGCGGUCUCAUGUUUCCGAACAACGUGAUGCGUGAAGGAGUUUUGGCUGCUGCCUUGGAUUCCUCCCUAGAGAUUUCCAGGCCUUAUCAUUAUUUUUUCCCCUCGUGCUGGGGGUGGAACGAGGGCCUGGCACUUGCUAGGUAAAUUCUCUAUCACUAGGCCACACCCCCAGGCCCCCCGAGUCCCCAGGUCUUGAAUUUAAUCUUCGGACUCUGGGGAGGAGGGAAGAUGCCUCUGCCUUGGGGCAGCAAAGAAGGGGAAGUCAGGCAGUUUUCCGGACCGAUAGGAGAGUGCCUGAAAGCCCGUGUGUUCCAGAGCCCCUUUUGCUCCAUUGGAGACAGCUGAGAUUUCAGAAGGACACAGCGCUGUGCGGCUGUCAGAGAUGGGAAAUAGUAGAAGCCCAGGUCUGGAACCCAGCCUCACCUCUUCCAUGCUACAAACUUGGGCAAAUUCUUUACUCAUGGGGAGGGACAUUAACUCCUCAUACAGCUGAGGACAUGCAGCUUAGUGAGGACAGAGGGCAGCAGAAGACCCCACAGUCCCCUCCGAGAGCUGGAAGGCACCUUGACAUGUAUUGUUACUCAUCCGCCCAGGGUCCCCCAGGGUGGCAUCGUGUCCCCCUUUACAAGUGAUGAGCCUCGGGUUCAGAGAGGUUAGGCCAUCAGCUCAGGGUUCCUAACAGGUAGAGAGGCAAGAUUUGAACCAGGUCUAUUUUUAAACCAAAACUCCCAAUUAACCGUUGUUAGGAAUCUUAUAACUAGUAUGUUCUCUUCUUGGUUGUGGCUACUGGAAGCUCAAUGUCAAAUUUGAGAUCAUUUUGAACAACUGUACUGAGUCUCCUGCUGGACUCACUCCAUUCUAGCUUUCCGCUUGCUCCUUUGCCUUGAUCUUUUUAUUUUUAUUCUAUUGUAUUUUAUAUAUUUUUGUAAGUUGCCACAAUACUUUUUUUUUGCAUCAAGGUGGCCUAUGUAUAAAUAAAAUCCAUCACUGAAAGCUUAAUUUAAAAGUCUUAACUGAAUACCGUGGUCCAGGGCUGGGGCAUGGCUCAGGGGCAAAGAGCUUGCCUGGCCUGUUCGAGGCCCUGCGUUCCAGCCCCAGCACCAAAUCAAUCAAUCAAUAAACAAUAAAUGCUA